AUGGCGCUACCUGUAGCCGAGGGCACGGCUGACCCGCCGCUGUCCCCGGCCCGGGACGACUCGGAGAGCUCCUCCUCCGGGAUGUGGGCAGCGCUUUAUGAUUACGAAGCUCGCGGUGAGGACGAGUUGAGCCUGAGGCGCGGUCAGCUGGUGGAGGUACUGUCCCAGGACGCCGCGGUGUCAGGGGACGAGGGCUGGUGGGCCGGCCAAGUACAGCGGCGCCUGGGCAUCUUUCCGGCCAGCUACGUGGCGCCGUGUGGCCCGGUACCGCCGGCCGCGCCGCCCCCGCCGCGACCCUGCUCGCCUGUGCACGUAGACUUCGAGCUCCUGGAGCUCAAGGAGCUGAUCGGCGCCGGCGGCUUCGGCCAGGUGUACCGCGCCACCUGGCAGGGCCAGGAGGUGGCUGUGAAGGCGGCACGCCGGGACCCCGAGCAAGACGCGGCGGCGGCAGCCGAGAGCGUACGGCGCGAGGCGCGGCUCUUCGCUAUGCUGCGACACCCCAACAUCAUCCAGCUGCGGGGUGUGUGCCUGCGGCAACCGCACCUCUGCCUAGUGCUGGAGUUCGCGCGUGGCGGGGCUCUCAAUCGCGCGCUGGCGGCCGCAGCACCGGAUCCUCGAACUCCAGGGCCCCGUCGCGCGCGCCGCAUCCCCCCGCACGUUCUAGUCAACUGGGCAGUGCAGAUCGCCCGCGGCAUGCUGUACCUGCACGAGGAGGCGGUGGUGCCCAUCCUGCACCGUGACCUCAAGUCCAGCAACAUUUUGCUGCUGGAGAAGAUAGAACAUGACGACAUUUGCAACAAGACCCUGAAGAUCACAGACUUCGGGCUGGCGAGGGAAUGGCACAGGACCACCAGGAUGAGUGCAGCAGGGACCUACGCCUGGAUGGCUCCCGAGGUCAUCAGGUCCUCCCUGUUCUCCAAGGGCAGCGACAUCUGGAGCUAUGGAGUGCUGCUGUGGGAGCUGCUCACGGGUGAGGUCCCGUACCGUGGCAUCGACGGACUGGCUGUGGCCUACGGGGUGGCUGUGAACAAGCUCACCCUGCCCAUUCCGUCCACCUGCCCUGAACCAUUUGCAAAGCUCAUGAAAGAGUGCUGGGAACAAGACCCUCAUAUCCGCCCCUCGUUUGCCUUAAUUCUUCAACAGCUGACCGCGAUCGAAGAGGCAGUGCUGACUGACAUGCCCCAGGAGUCCUUCCAUUCCAUGCAGGAAGACUGGAAACUGGAGAUUCAGCAAAUGUUCAGUGAGCUACGCACCAAGGAGAAGGAGCUGCGUUCCCGCGAGGAAGAGUUGAGUCGCGCUGCCUUGCAACAGAAAUCCCAGGAAUUGCUGCUCAGACGGCGGGAGCAGCAGCUCGCAGAGCGGGAGAUCGACGUGCUGGAGCGCGAGCUGAACGUGCUCAUCUUCCAGCUGAGCCAGGAGGCGCCUCACGUGAAGAAGAGGAAGGGGAGGUUCAGGAGAGGCCGGCUGAGGCUCAAAGAUGGCCACCGCAUCAGCCUGCCUUCAGACUUCCAGCACAAGAUCACAGUGCAGGCUUCCCCCAGCCUGGACAAGCGCCGGAGCUCAGACAGCCGGCUGUGCAGCCCACCGGGCAGCCCCCUGAUGCUCCCCCGUCUCAGGGCUAUUCAGUUAACUUCAGAUGAGAACAAUAAAACCCGGGGAAGAAACGUGGUCUUCCGCCAAGAAGACUUUGAAGAUGCGAAAAGGAGUUGCAAGAAAAAAGGUUGUACGUGGGGUCCAAGCUCCAUUCAAAUGAAGGAAAGACCAGAAGGCCGAGAGCGGGUCAGACCUCUCUCGGAUGGCAACAGUCCAUGGUCUUCUCUUUUAAUAAAAAGCCAGAAAACCACACCCUUGGCUUCGCUGUUUGUGGACCAGCCAGGAUCUUGUGAAGAGCAGAAACUCGUUCCUGACGGAUUAGAACAUAGAAAACCAAAGCAAUCAAAGUUUCCUGGUCAGGCCUACGUCGGUCUGCCUCUUUGCAAAGACAGCCAGAGAGAAGACUCGCUAGAGGCUGAGAGUGGGGAACAGAGUCUCUCUAAGGGUUCCCCUGUGAACCAUGUGAGUGUGUCCACGCCAAAGAAGAAAACAGAGUCUGCUCUGUGUGAGUGUGGGGUGCUGCUGGCAUCGAUGGCUUUGGGACUGGAUGUCAGGAAACUACAUGGAGCCCAGGCCCCCACAAAACCAUCACCCAAGGAGGAAAAGAAGGGAGAGGGCACCCUCCAACCUGUCUCCAGGUGCCAAGCCAGCGCCAGUUCACUUCUGAGGCAGCCAUCUGCAGGCAGGGCACCCAGUGAUGGUUCCGCUCUCUUGCUGCCAAGUGCCACGAGCCUUUUCUCGAAGCCUUCUCUCUCCACGAAGUGUUUGCUGCAGGCCGGUGAGGAGGAGGAGCCACCUUUGGAGAACGCUCAGAUCUCUUGUGGUCCCACAAUGCUCACUCCUGAUCCUGAUUCUGCCACACCAGAGAGCAGCUCUGAACUCUUCCCUGGACUGAGACACAAGACUGAUUAUGGUGUGUUCAGAAGCAUGUCACCUGCCACCCUGGAUCAGACAGGGGAGAGACUGCCAGGCAGUGACACUGUAAGAGACAAAGAAUGCCCUCAUGUGCCAAUGGGAUUUGAAGAAACUCCUCUCCAUCCCCCAAGUGCCCCUGAAGUCUCUAGACUACCACACCCUCCCUCCCCUGGACCUCUAAGUGACCUGGCCAGCCAGGCCUCUCCUGUGCAACCCCAAGGUGUUCUGGGCAAGAUCCAGGCAUGCCCUGCCCUGCCACAAAGGCCAGGCACUGCUUCGUUGAGAACAACAUCUCCACCCACCUGGGCCUGUGACAAGGACCAUACGGUGCCAGCCCUGGCCUGCUUGCUUGGUGCUCAAGACAGAAGCAGGUGCCAGGCGCCUUCCUUGCUGGACACCAGCUUAGGAGGUCAGAACAAGGACCGUGCCACACCCUUGUGUAGAGUGAAGAGUGUGAUGUGUCAACCGUCCAUCUACGCCCUGGAGAAAGACUUUCUGACCUGA